AUGGCUCCCACCGUCGCAGGCGCGAAUAUGACUCCCUCGCCAGUCGCCGUGCGACCACCAGUCGCAUCCGCGAGCCUACUCACUCCAUCCCCCAAAUCCCCCGUACGAACCACGUCAGCCAGAGCCACGUCAGUGAACGUGUGUGCAGCGAGCGCGUCGGCGAUCCCUAAGCCGCUUGAGCGGCUCGAGGUGUCUGGCAGCCCGUUCGAGCGCGGCUGUGCGAUCGGCGCGCGCUUCGGCGACAAGAUCCGCGAUCGCGUCGCCAAGGCGCCGUUUCUGCACGACGACAUGAUUCCGUUCGCACGCACGGGCGAUGGGGCUGCGCUGCUGAAUGCGUUUUCCGAGUCCAACAGGGCGCUGUACCCGGAGUACUGGGAGGAGCUGCAAGGCAUGGCGGCCGGCAGCAGCGUGCCCUUUCACCAGCUGCUGCUUCUGAACCUUCGCAAGGAGUUCGGUGCCUUCUUGCCCUCCCUCAACGCGCCUGCCACGUCAGCGGUCCUGCCAGAGCUUGCCACGUUGGACAGGGCGACGCAGUACGGCAUGGCAUCUGACGACUGCACUGACGUGUUGCUGCUCACUGAUGACGUGGCAGCAGUGGGGCACAACGAGGAUGCGGAUUACUCGAUUGUGGAUAACUCCUUCUUCGUGCACAUGCACACGGACAGUGGGGUGGCAUUCACGGCAUACACCUAUGCGGGCGAGCUGCCCACCGUCGCCUUUGCCUUCAACGACGCCAGCAUGGCGUUCACCAUGGACGCGGUGCCACCAGCGCCGUCAGAGGUGCUGCAGGGCGGCAUGGCGCGCAACUUCCUUGCACGCAGCCUCAUGGAGGCGCGCUGCAUUGAGGACGCCCUGCAGCGCGUGACUGGUCCUGCCGUGGCAGUGGGGCAUCACUACGUGCUGAUGGACUUUGCCUGUCGGCGAAUCGUGUCCGUCGAAACCGCAUCCAACGGCCGGCAUAGCAUUCUGGAGCUGGGACCAAGCCCUCAGCUGGGAAGCCAGGGGGAGUCAGGAAGGGAGAGGGCGGUGGAGGAAGGGAGGGAGGAGAUUGAGGGCGGAGUAAGCAGAUCUGACAAGGCUGCAGCAGCAGCAGCUGGUGGUGGUGGUGGUGGUGCAGCAGAGGGCACGGCAUACCUCUUCCACGCCAACGUGUACACGAGGCUGCGGCUGCGGGAGAAGAUGGGCCCCAGCUUGCACCGCCGCCAGGCCAUUGCGCGCCGCCUGGGCGCACCCACCACCACACAGGGCAUGCUGCAAAUCCUAUCCAACUCAGACGACUCGGACUUCCCCAUCUUCAACGCCGGCAAGGUGUACGACGCAGGAGGUGAGGGCAAGGUGUACGAUGCAGGAGGUGAGGGCAAGGUGUACGACGCAGGAGGUGAGGGCAAGGUGUACGACGCAGGAGGCGUGGGGUGCACCUCUGCAUCUUUGAGGGAUGCAGAGCACCACUCAUACCUCGCCCCUCCUCCUUCCCCUUUCCUCCCUGCAUCGCUCCUCUUAUCGCCAGGCCCGGUGAUCCACACGCUGCACGGUGCGCUCUUCAACCUCCAUGCGCGCACGCUCACGGUGCUCGGGGGGCGGCCUGCUCACGGCAACGUGCUGCAUGAGUUUGCUGUGUGA